AAAACGAUGGAGUCGGCGGAGAACGAGAUAGAGGCUGCAGCCCUAGAGGCCCUGGCCAAGCUGGCAGACGUCCUGGAGUCUAUAGGCCCGCAGGAGGAGGCAGAGCUGCCAGCUCCGAUCCUGGCUGAGUUUGUGAUGGACUCCCGAAAGAAAGACAGGCUGCUCUGCAGCCAGCUUCAAGUAGUAGACUUCCUGCAGAACUUCUUGGCUCAGGAGGAUACUGCCCAGGGCCUGGACCCCUUGGCUUCUGAAGACACGAGCCGACAGAAGGCAAUUGCAACCAAGGAGCAAUGAAAAGAGCUGAAGGCUACCUACCAAGAA